CUCUGUGGGGACGGUUUGAGACUCUGGUGUUUCUUAAGGUGUUCAUCUGGUUUCUUCUUCCUGACUCGGUCUUGUGUUCUGUUGUUGGGUCCUGUCAGGUAUCCAGGGCGUGGUGGAGGCGUAUCAGGCCUGCCUCCCUAAGCUGCAGCUCUACGGUCCCACCAACAUCGCCCCCAUCAUCCAGAAGGUCGCCAACUCCGCCUCGCAGGAGGUCCACACCAAAGAGGCCAUGCAAUACUUCAUCCUGCUGAUCCUGACAGACGGCGUCAUCACGGACAUGGCCGACACCAGGGAAGCCAUCGUCCAGGCGUCCCACCUCCCCAUGUCCGUCAUCAUUGUCGGGAUCGGAAACGCAGACUUCAGCGACAUGCAGAUGCUGGACGGUGACGACGGGAUCCUGCGAUCGCCUAAAGGGGAGCCUUGCCUCCGGGACAUCGUCCAGUUCGUCCCCUUCCGUAAUUUCAAACAUGCGUCACCAGCUGCUCUGGCUAAAAGCGUGCUAGCAGAGGUGCCCAACCAGGUGGUCGACUACUACAACAGCAAGGGCAUCAAGCCCAAAGUGCCCAGCGAGUACCAGUCUUCCAGGCAGUUUGGCCCCUGAGCUCAAACCUCCACAGCUGCCUCCAACAGACUGAGAACUAUGUUUACUGUGUUGUCUUCUUUGUCCAAGCGGAUGUUAAAGGUGCUACGUGCAGCAUUUUACCAUGAAGAGAUGCCUCAUUUCAGAUGUGAUGAUAGGAAACCUGCAGCUUCUACGCAGAUUUCACAUUAACAAGCCUGAGGGGAAGUUCUGCAGAAUUACUUGAUGUCACAAAACAGGAGCAUAGUGUUUAAUUUACUGAUGUUAUUUAGAAGGUGGAAGAUGGGAAGCUGCUGGAAGUAACAGGAAGCAUAGGAGGUAACAGAUAUAAACACAUCUCCUGCAAACGCUGGAUUUACCGUGCGAGGCUGCAGGAGCGGUCCAAGAUCAGACGCUGUAAUGUGCCAAUCCAAUGAGCGAUGUGUAAAUCCAGACGUUUGCAUGUCCACUCUGACGCUGAUCAGGUUCUUCGUUCUGCUAACAUGUGAGCUAAUGUAGAAAACCUCAGAUUUGUAAGUGAUGUCUGGAUUUAGGGAGUUUUUAAUUCUUUGUUACCAUUGACAGUCAGCCUUUCUGAUGGUGAGAAUUCAGAGCACAAUCCGUUUGUUUCAGUGCACGGCCUUCCUGAACCAAAGCAGAUUAACAGGAUGUUCUCUGAUUGGGGCGUUUUUGACCUCGGCUGCAGGAGCAGGCCUUCGUUUGAAUGCAGUGCA